AUGGCGGGACAACUUACCACCCGAUCAGCUGCGGGCGGACGGCGGGCCAAGGCCGAGCCGGGGCCGGAGCCCGGGCGCGCGUGGCGGCUGCUCGCCCUGUGCGGGGCGGCCGUGUUCCUGGCGGCGGCCGCGGCCGGGGGAGCGCUGGUGGCCUGGAACCUGGCCGCCUCGGCCGCCCGGGGGGCUCCUUGCCCCGAAGCAGAGGUGCACAACGCCACGGUACCACCGCCAACUCCACCCAGGGUGCCCGAGGCCGAGGUGCGGGAGCUGCAGCGCAGGCUGGCCGAGGCGGCCGAGCGCGCAGAGAGCCUGAGCGCACAGCUGGUGCGCGCGGAGCGCGGCCGUCGGGGGCUGCAGCAGGCGCUGAAGACCUGCGAGAACCAGCAGGACCGGCUCCAGACCCAACUCACCACCCUCAAGCUGGAGAUGGAUGAGGCUAAGGCGCAAGGCACCCAGAUGGGGGUCGAGAACGGAGCGCUGGCAGAAGCCCUGGCGCGCUGGGAGGCGGCGGCCACUGAGUCCGCUCGGCUGCUGGAGGAGGCGCAGCGGCAAGUGGGCAGCGCUGUGGCCCAGAGCGAAGCCUGCGCGGCCCGGGAGGUGACGCUGCGGGAACGCGUGCGCAUGUUCGACGGGAUUUUUCCAGCCAAGCCCUCCAUCACCACCACUGCGGCUAAGGAGCAGCAAUCCGCUGGAAAAACAGAUUCAGGAAUCGAGCUCGGAGCUGGCUCCACUGGACCAUCACGGUCGGCUGCCCCGUGGUGGCCGGGGGACAAGACACGGUGGACGUCAUUUGGUCAUCGCACUGGCCUCCAAGCCGGCGGCGGCAGUGACGGAGAAAGGAAACUGCCCCCCGCCAGCGGGCUUGGAAAGAACAGGCUGGCGGCGCUGUCCCCUGCCCAGCCUGCGCGUCAGGAGGCCAGCUACGGGCCACUCGCUCAAAAGUGUGCACGACCGGGGUUCAGCGUGGUGGAGGAGGCUGCCACAGAACCCGUGUGA